AUGAAUUCUUAUCAUAUUCAAUUGGAUGAUACUGAUUUAAAUUCAUGUGUUGAGAAUAAAAAUGUAUUUAAUAUUCUUUCAUUCAAUCUUUGGUCAGAUCAUUUGGAAAUGCCUGGUUAUCUUGAUGCUUCAUUAUCAUUUCGUUUAACUCAAAAUUAUUCGACUGUACAUUCAACUUAUUCAAUUCAAUUUGAACGAAAAAUUGGUCCUUUAUGGAUAAAUAUUCCUUGUAUAACGGAUUCAUGUUCUGGACAAUCAUUAUGUAUACUUAUUCAAAAUUCCUGUGGUUCAAUUAAAUCUUGUAAUAAAAAUUGUCAAUUAUCAACUGGUAGUCAUACAUUAGAACAUAUUCGAUUACCAUUAAAAAAUUCUUUUUUUGAACAUAAAAUAUUCACAAAGGGACAAUAUAAAUUUAAAAUUCAAAUUUAUGAUAAUGCAAAUACAAUAGUAGGCUGUUUUACUGGCUAUAUAACACUUAAAAUAAAAGAAUAA